CGGCUGGGCGUGCGCGUGUGUGUGUGGGUGUGGGGGGGGGAUGAGGUCGGAGUCUAAAAACCUCCUGUCUGGGCUGGUCGCACAGCACUUUGGGACGAGACUGCGAGCAGGAGAGGGGCGCUCAAAAGUACUCUGAACAGCCUGAAAACUUUUGUGCGUGUGCAGGUGGUCCCGCGUGUGCAAGCGUACGUCUGUGUGCGUACGUGUGUGUGUGUGUGCGUGUGCGUGUGCGUGUGCUUCUCUCCAGCUUCAGCUCAGUUAAGCUAAUAAGCCGAGUUACACCGAGUUGUGUUGAGUUGGGAGCUGAGUGAGUGAGUGAGUGAGUGAGCGAGUGAGCGAGUGCUGUGCCAGGCUGUGUGCCCAGGGUUUCUCAUCAUGUUUAAGUGUGGCAUUGCCUACCCCCGUUGUCGCUGGAUUCUGCCCCUGCUGUUGCUCCUGGCCCUGAUCUUCGAUAUCAUCGCCCUGGGAGCCUCGUCGGGCUGGGUCGACUCUAAGUACCACUAUGCCUCACUGUGGAAGCAAUGCCGGGGGAGAGACCCCAACUGGGAAUGCACCUCGCUUAUGGACUUUGGCUGGGCAAAGGCCACAGCUGCUCUGCUGAUCAUUGGCUGUAUCCUGGUGGCUGUCUGUCUCCUACUGUCCUUCCUGGCCCUGUGUAAGAGGGCAGUGGAUUUCCUCAGGAUCAUCGGCUUCAUUCUCCUCAUCGCCAUCAUCUUCCAGUUCAUCGCCCUCAUCAUUUUUCCGGUCAAGUUCACUGAGACUCAGAUCCAGGACGGAGACUACGAGUACAGCUGGAGCUAUGGCUUUGGGUGGGGAGCCACCAUCCUGAUGAUGGGCUGUUGUCUCUUCUUCUGCUGUUUGCCCAAGUACGAGGAUGAGCUGUACGGAGACGCCAAGCAGACCUACAUCAUCGGCUAGGACCCCACAGACACCCAGACACCGCCCGCACGCAACUCCAUGCCCUGCCACACGCAAAACACGUACACACCUUCGAGCACUCGCACAGGCACACGCACGUACACCGACACUUACACUUAACGCGCACGCGCAACACGCACAUUCUCAGUUGGACGCGCCCACACACAACAUACAUAACAGCAACCAAUUAACAGCAAAUUACAUUUGUAUAGCGCAUUUCACGUGGGAUGGACACACAUACAUGUGCACACAUACAUGCCACAUACAUGCACGGGCACACCCAUACACACAUGUCCUUAUACCCCACGCAAUCUCAUAUGCAUUUAUUUUUCUAUCCACACACGGGGCGGAGGUGGG